CUCUGCCGUCAUAACCGAUCUCGCAGUCUUUCAUUGUCGCGAGCUUCAUUCUCAUGAUCAAUGGCUUAUCAAUAUACACUCCCUCUCUCCUUGGCCGCCGCGGAUUGGCCGUAAACGCGCCCCGCGACUAGCUUGGAUCCGUUCCUCCCACCGUCAUGCAUACUGGAAUACUUUUUUAAUCGAACCCCCUCAUCUAGCCGCAUAGGCACACUGCAAUGUCGCCCAUUUUCCGUCUCCCGGAAAGGCUGGUGUCUUCAUACGCUUGCUCCCAUGAUCGCUCCUUUUCCCGUCUCCUUUUUUUCUGUUGCGUGCUGGUUGUACCCUUCCUUCGCACUUCGACUUGACUACCUUUGGUAGACAGACCCGACCAUGGGUCUUGGUGCUCACAAUGAAAACCAGAAGUCGGUGAAUACCACUGUUGCACCGCAGUCCUUACCAGGUACUCAAGCCGGCCGCCGCGAUCUCGACCGAUGCGAUGCUUCUCAAGAUACCCUCACGAGCGGGCGAGCUCCCAGCGUGGCGCCAGACGACGAGCCCAAGAAGAGAAAAGACUCGAGGAAGAUCAUAUCGUUCAGCUCGAGUGACCCGGAGAAUCCCUACAAUUGGCCGCGGAGAAAGAAGAUAUACAUCUUUUUCACUGGCAUCAUAACUGUUAUGAAUAGCACCAUCUCCUCGUCAUUACCGAGCGGAGCAAUCACUUUCAUUGCAAAGCAUUUUGGCGUCACACAGGAAAUUCAGCUCCCAUUACCAAUAUCAUGCUUCCUGGCGGGCUACGUGGUUGGGCCAACGCUUUGUGGCCCUCUGUCUGAGAAUAAUGGUCGACAACGAGUCAUCCUAUCAUUUUUCCUCAUGUCUACCCUGUUUAGCAUGGCCUGCGCAGUGGCACCUAACUGGCCUUGUCUCCUAUUCUUCCGCUUUAUGUGUGGGGUGGGGUUUUCUGGGCCAGUUGCAAUUACGGGAGGAUUAUACGCCGAUGUCUAUAACGAUCCAAGAGAGCGUGGUCUGGCGAUGGCUUGGUUCAUGGUUGCGACAACGUUUGGUCCCGUCAUAGCACCCGCCAUUUCUGGGUUCAUCGCAGAGAACACCUCGUGGCGAUGGGUAUUUGCCGUAGGCACACUGCUGGCGGUGGCAACCAUUCCGUUUAUUGUCUUUAUGCCAGAGACGUACACCCCAGUCCUCCUGAGUCGCAAAGCAGCAAGACUUCGCAAAGAAACAGGUGAUCCGGAGAUCGUCGCCAAAACAGAUCUUCAGAAGAAGACGUUGCGUCACGUCGUCACCGUUGUCAUGACCCGACCGUAUCGCAUGCUGUUCCAGGAAGUCAUUGUCAUGUGUGUGGCAGCAUACUGCUCUCUGGCGUACGCAAUCUUUUACCUGUAUUUCGAAGCAUACCCUAUCAUUUUCCAGGGGCCAGACUCUGUGUACAAAUGGUCAUACGGACUUGCUGGUCUCGCAUUUAUUCCCAUUGGACUUGGAUCACUCCUCGCGGCACCUAUAUAUCUUUGGUGGGACUCAUAUCUGGCCAAGGCGCAGAAACGGCAAGCAAAAUGGGCACAACAGGAAGAGUAUAGGCGACUGCCGCUGGCUUGCAUUGGAGGGCCGCUCUACGUGGUCUCUCUAUUCUGGAUUGGGUGGAGUGCAAAACCCGGCACCUAUUGGCUCGCACCGGUCGCCUCAGGAAUCAUCUUUGGAGCAGCAUUCUUACUCAUCUUCAUGGCCCUGCUCAAUUACCUUACCGACGCUUACGAAACAUUUGCAGCCAGCGCACAGGGUAUCACCAGUACCAGUCGAAGUGUGUUUGGUGCGCUCUUGCCACUGGCUGCACAGAGCAUGUUCUCCCACUUGGGCAUCGCCUGGGCGUGCAGCUUGCUUGCGUUCCUCAGUUUGGGAAUGUGUUUUAUACCCUUUGCAUUUAUCAAAUUUGGUGACCGGAUCCGGGAUAACAGUAAGUUUUGCAAGGAGCUGAAGGACAUUAAAGCCAGGGAAGCUGCAGAGGACGAAGAACAAGAGAGGGAGGAAAGGUUGAGGGUUGAGAACGGCGACAUAGCAACAGAAGGGAACAGGGAGAAGGACGAUGAAAAGAUGUUUGAUCGGGUAUGAUGAAUGGACGAACAGGACAUGGCAUUUUUGGGGGAAAUAGACACUGCAUAUAGAAGAGCUGGAGAUGAGAUAUACAUAGCGCGGAGUUUCUGGCAUAGAAAAGGAAGUCACAUUUUGAGGGUAACUUGGCUUGUCGACUGUUAUAUCCUGCAUCCCUCUCGUUCGCAUACCAAGAGAUACGUGGUUCGCGUUUGGCGAUGCGAGAGGUCAGACGGCGGCUGGGACAAUUUUGGCUUGAGAUGCCAAAUCCAGGAGGUCACAGCCUCGUGAGAUAAACGAGGCUUUGAGCGACUGUCUCGCCAUCUUCCCCUCCACAGGCUCCAC